AUGGCCUCUCAUCGAGAAGGGGGGGUGAAUCCCUUGAGACCAUACUACAAGCCGCCGACCAUAGGAGAGCCGUCCGACCCGACCUCGGCCUCAUCUGCGCCCAACCCCUUUGCCCGCCAUGCAGGCAAUGCGACGAGCGAGCGGUACGCGUCAAAGGCACGAGACAUCUUUUCCGACAUCGACUACAAGGACUACAUCAGCGAGCCGUCCCCUUCCGUCGUCCAAACCGUCAAGGACCUCGUAGACGAGCUGUUGUGGAAGUACGCAUCGGUGCUGACCGCCCAACCGUUCGAGGUUGCGAAGACAGUCUUGCAGGUCCGGAGCCACGAUGACGUGACGAUGGGGGCACCUGCAGCAUCCGCCGCAGCGACGCCCCUGGCCACACCCGUCUCGGAGCGGUUGCAGUCCCAGUACGGGAGCGCCGUCUUCAGUGAGGGCGACUCUGACUCUGAUCUCGACGAGCCUGCCUACUUCACCUCCAACGCUCCCGUCACCCCGACCCCGUCGUAUCGACACCGCCAGUCGUCGCCCUCGCCCCCACACACACCGGCGCCGAAGCAGCCCGUGCCGCCUUACCACCUUAACAUCCGCCGCUCCGACUCGUUGAUGGAAGUCAUUGGCCAGCUCUGGCAGAAAGAGGGUGCCUGGGGCGUGUGGAAGGGGUCGAAUGCGACCUUCCUCUACUCGAUCCUCUCGUCCUUGCUGGAGAACUGGUCCAGAAGUGCUCUGAGCGCACUGUUCAACGUGCCCGACCUGGGCGUUAAGGAGGACAUUGAUCGCCUGAUUGAUAUCGCCUCGCCCUACCCUUGGGCUUCUCUGUGUGCUGCCGCAGCAGCGGCCGUUGCGACGGGCCUCAUUCUCGCGCCCCUGGAUUUGGUGCGCACAAGACUGAUCGUCACGCCCACUUCGAAACAGCCACGGAGGACCUUGUCGACCCUCCGGGCUCUGCCCUCCUACGUCUGCCCCUCGCUGCUCGUUGUCCCCACCAUUCUUCACUCUCUCAUUCACCCCAUCCUCACACUGUCGACACCACUGGUUCUCCGGACCCGGUUCCUUAUCGACAGCCGCGUGUCGCCUACCACCUUUUCGAUUGCCAAAUUCUGUGCUUCCUCGGCGGCGCUCUUUGUCAAGCUCCCGCUGGAGACGGUCCUCAGACGUGGUCAGGUCGCUGUCCUCUCCACCCCGUCACAUGUCCGCGCGCUCUCGGGCAAGGACCAGAAACUGGAGACCAACGUGCCACCCGGUCGCUACCACGGUGUCGUUGGAACCAUGUUCUACAUCAUGAACGAGGAGGGGUCUCGUGCCGUUCCGGCGACCAAACCGACACCGAUGAAGAAGGCCAAGGCCAAGGCCAAGGUCGCAAAAACGGUGUACCGCAAGGGCCAGGGACUGGAGGGCCUAUGGCGCGGCUGGAAGGUCAGCUGGUGGGGUCUCGUCGGGCUCUGGACUGCGGGCGUUAUCGGCAACAGCGCCGAGGGCGAGUUCUAG